AUGCCCAUACCGUCACGGAAGCGAAAAGAAAGAGAGGCAUUUUAUAAUGUCACUUCAUCGAAACCAUUAGCUCCAGUAACAGCCGUUAAUCCCGUCGUUAGUAGUGGGAAUCCAACGACGUCGUCAGAGCAGCAGCCGAUGUGUUCGAACCGGCUUUUAGCCGGUUAUAUGGCUUACGAGUAUUUAACCAAGGGAACUCUGCUUGGAGAGAAAUUUGACCCGGCUAGAGCGGCCGUUCCUGUGAACUCAGGCGACUCGAAGAGGAACAGGCCUGACGAGGGUCAGGGUCAACAGAAUGUUGAAGCCAAGCCGAGCGGGAAGACGAAACCGCAGGGCUAUGCUGAGGUGGCAAGCUUGUUGAAGGGAGAUGGGGCCCAUAUUCCAGGGAUUCUUAAUCCUACUCAAUUAGGUCGAUGGAUUCAGAUGUGA